CACCGAGCAGGGACCGACCGAGCGCCACCGGCUGCGGCGUCACUGCGGGCCUGAGCCCGCCCCGCACCGGGGACACCGGGGCACACCGGGAGACACCGGGAGGCACCGGGAGACAUCGGGAAGCACCGGCGGACACUCGGAGAGGCACUGCGGCACCGGGAGACAGCGGCACCGGCAGGCACCGACAGGCACCGGGAGGCACCAGGCUGCGCUAGGGGACACCGGGAGACAGCGGGAGGAACCGGGAGGCACCGGCAGGCACCGGGAGGCACCGGGAGCGGCCCCGCGGCCCCGGCAGGAACCGAGAGGAACCGGGAGGCACCAGGAGCGGCCCCGGUGCCGCAGCGCAGCCUCCGCCCCCGUCCCGGACAGCGCUGAGCGCGGACAGCGGGCCCGGCCCCGCCAUGGGGCCCGGCGGCCCCGGGGGAGGGUGGCCCCUGGCCGGGACCCUGCUGGUGGCCGUGGCCACCUCGAUGGUGGCCGGGGGCGAGGACUGCCUGUGGUACGUGGACAGGAACGGCUCGUGGCACCCGGGCUUCGACUGUGAGUUCUUCACCUUCUGCUGCGGGACCUGCCACCAGCGCUACUGCUGCAGGGACCCCCUGCGCCUGCUCACCGAGCGCCAGCAGCGCCACUGCCUCGCCUUCAGCCCCAAGACCAUCGCGGGCAUCGCCUCGGCCGUGGUGCUUUUCAUCGCCAUCGUCACGACCAUCGUGUGCUGCUUCAUGUGCUCCUGCUGUUACCUGUACCAGCGGCGCAGGGCCCCGCCCACCCCUGGCAGGUGCCCAGAGAUCCCCCUGUCCAGCUACCCGCGGCCCCCGGCCCCGUUCCCCGUGGACCCCAAAGUCGGCCCCGCCCCUCAGCCCGGCUUCACCCCCAUGGCCAUGUACCCCCUCCCAGCCGCCCAGUACCCCGUGUACCCCUCAGGGGGUGACCCCCCCGUGUGCUCCCCCGCAGCACCCCCACCCUACGUGCCGGCAUAGCCCAACUAUCCCGGAGCCUGGGCCCCCGGGCACCCCCGCACCCGCCGCCUGCCAGCGGGGCCGGGCUGGGGACCCCCGUGCCCCCCCCGAGGCGCUGGGGGGGUGUCCCGGCGCGGGGGGGUUGCGGUGGCAGCAGCACAGGGCGGCCCUUGUCCCGCACACUGGGCCCUUUGUGGGGGACACCCCCCCCGCCUCUGGGUGCCAACGGGCCCGGCCACGCGCAGGGGGCCCCCCGAGGGCCGCGCGCUGCUGCCCCCCCUGCACGACCGUCUCUGGAUACCCCCCCACACCCCCGGGGGUCUUCGCCCCCCCCCGGGGUCGGCAUUAAACCACUUCUUGUGCCCACGCUGUGUCGGUUCGGUGGCUCCGGAAUGGGGGGAGGGGGGCCAGAACCCCCCCAGUCCCACCCCGGGAAUGUCAGAGUUGGGGGGGGACACAAAUCCAUAAAUCCCUUCUGCUCCCGGGGCUUCAGCACCUCGGGAUGUGCUUGGGAUGGGCAAUUCCCACCAAAUCGCCCUGGGAGCGUUGCCCCCCCCCGUCCCCCCCCAAAAUUAGGGCACGAAACCACGCCCGGGCACAUUUUGGGUGAGAAAACAGCCAAUCCUGCCUGGGAGGAGGGGGACAGUUCCCCCAUCCCCCCCCUCUCCUGAUCAGGUCCCCUGGGGGGGCAGGGGGGUCACCCCAAUGGUUGCUCCUGGUGGGAUUCAUCCCCACCCCAAACCAUCACCAGGACCUGGGGAGGGAAUAUUUGGGAUUUGGGAUCACCUUUGCUUCCAGUGGAGGGAAAAGCCAGGUGGCCCCCCCGGGGGUGCAACUCCACCCUCCAAAAUCCCCCCAAAA